GAUAUCGACCUUUCCCAAGCGACUCUCUCCUCUCUUGUCCGGCUCUUGCGCGAGGAGCUCGUGCAGCUGUGCGAGACGAGAAGCCUGGACACGGCUGGAACGAAGCCUCAACUAGCCAAAUCGCUCCUGGCAUGGUACGAGAAACAACAAGAAGGCAUCGAAACUCAUUCGACUUCCUCCUCGCAAGCGACCGCAAGGCCUGAAUCGCCGCGCAAAAGGAAGGGCAAAAUCAUCCACGCAAUCGCGUCCAACGUACACGUAUCUGGCAAGACUACACCAGUGCUGUUACGAGACCACAUCCAUGCAACCGAUCCACAGACACCGCCCCACUCUGAUGAUGAUGAUAGAAGAGCAGGUGACGGUGACAUCAAUCUCGACCUGCAGGAGCUCGGCCUUGAGGACUCGAUCAUUAAGCCGGAGCAACUGCAGAAGCUCGAGAGGAUUGGCAGUGGAGGCUUCAAAGACGUCUACGUUGGCAAAUUCCGAGGACGUCGAGUCGCAAUCUCAGAGUUCCGUGGGCAUUUGUCCGAGAUGGAUAUUCGGGAGCUCAAACUUCUUGCCGAGUUCAGUCACCCGAAUAUUGUCAAAUUCAAAGGCAUUUGCAUUCCUGAGGACACAUCUCAAGUCCCCUGCAUGCUCGUCAGCGAGCUGUGCGAGAAUGGAGAUUUGUUUGACUACAUUCGGAAUGUCGAACCGCCAUCUGCCAACAAGGUUCACCGACUCAUGCUGGACAUUGCUCGUGGAUUGGAGUAUCUUCAUACAAGAAAGCCCGCCAUUAUCCAUCGUGACUGUAAAUCUUCCAACAUCUUGAUCAACCGAGCGGGACAUGCCAAAGUUGGCGAUUUCGGUCUUGCUAGGGUCAAGACAUCUACACGAUCGAUGAUCAGGUCCCUUGUCGGUACGGUCAACUGGCAAGCUCCGGAACUGUGGCAUCCCCAUCCUCGAUACGACUUCAAGGUCGAUGUGUUCUCCGCCGCCAUGGUCUUUUGGGAGAUGUUGUCGGGAUGGACUGGUGAAAAGAAAUACCCUUGGGAAGGCCAUAACGAGCAUUACAUCUACGAUGCGGUUGGGACCAAGCAGAAACGACCUUCCGUUGCGCGGCUCAGGAAACAUUGGGGAAACGAAGUGGUCGAUCUGAUGGAGAAGAUGUGGAGUCAAGAGCCUAGCGAUAGACCAACCAUGACGGAGGUGGUCAAUGAGCUAGAUGCGCUGUAUUUCAAAGGACCGUUCACGCCGCUCAAGCAUUGA